CGCAGCUUUCCCGCGUUCGGCGAAAGGCUGCUGCCCGCCCCGCCCCGCCUCUUCCAUGAGCAGAGCGGGAGCGGCGGCGGCGGCGGCGGCCGAGGCGGCGGCCCCAGAGCCUCGCUUCUCUUCCCCGCCGGGUUUAUGAAUGGCCUGGCCAUGGAGGACCUGCCCUUUCAGAAAGCCAGGAAGGCGAGCAAGAAGAAGUGCCUCCGCCGCUGCGGCUCCUGCUGCUGCUGCUGCCGCCGCCGCUGCUCCGCAGCCUCCUCUCCUCCCGGGCCGGCGCCAGCGGCGGCUGGCGGCCAGAGCGGCGGCGGCGCCCCGGGAGCGGCGGCCGGCGGAGGGGCUCCGGCGGCGGCGGCGGCGGCGCUGCUGGACGGCGCGUCGGCGUGCGAGGACCAGUUCGCGUGCAAGGAGCUGGAGUCGCUCUUCCAGAACUACAACCUGAAGCUGGAGCAGACCUCGACGCUGAAGGCGCUGGCCGUGCUCAUCGCGCUGACGGGCAGCCUGGCGCUGCUGGAGCUGCUGUCGGCGCCCGGACUCACCAUCUCGAAGGGCUCGCACCCGGUGCACUGCAUCAUCUUCCUCUCGCUCUUCAUCGUCACCAACGUCAAGUACCUGCAGGUCACGCAGCUGCAGCAGAUCGUCAAGCUCACCUUGCUCUUCAGCUUCACCUUCGCCUUCCUCUGCUGCCCCUUCUCGCUGGGCGCGCACGGCGCCGAGCCGCCCAGCGCCCCCGAGCAGGGCAUGUGGCAGCUGCUGCUGGUCACCUUCAUCUCGUACGCGCUGCUGCCCGUCCGCACCCUCCUGGCCAUCGUCUUCGGCGUCGUCGUGGCCGCCUCGCACCUCAUCGUCGCCCUCACUUCGGCCAGCGCCAAGAGGCAGCCUCUCUGGAGGACGCUUGUGGCCAAUGCUAUCCUUUUUGUCAGUGUAAAUUUGUAUGGGGUCUUUGUGAGGAUUUUGACAGAGAGGGCACAAAGAAAGGCAUUCCUUCAGGCCAGGAACUGCAUAGAGGACAGGCUGAAGCUGGAGGAUGAAAAUGAAAAACAGGAGCGACUUCUGAUGAGUCUUUUGCCCAGGAAUGUUGCCAUGGAAAUGAAGGAAGAUUUCCUGAAGCCACCUGAAAGGAUUUUCCAUAAAAUUUACAUUCAGAGACAUGACAAUGUUAGCAUAUUGUUUGCAGACAUUGUGGGAUUCACCAGCUUGGCAUCGCAAUGCACUGCUCAAGAAUUGGUGAAGCUUCUGAAUGAACUCUUUGGGAAGUUUGAUGAAUUGGCUACCGAAAAUCAUUGCAGAAGGAUAAAAAUCUUAGGGGACUGUUACUACUGUGUGUCAGGACUGACCCAGCCCAAAACAGAUCAUGCCCACUGCUGUGUGGAAAUGGGAUUGGAUAUGAUUGACACCAUCACAUCAGUAGCUGAAGCCACUGAAGUGGAUCUCAACAUGAGGGUCGGCCUGCACACAGGAAGGGUGCUUUGUGGUGUCCUGGGCCUUCGCAAAUGGCAGUAUGAUGUUUGGUCAAAUGAUGUGACUCUGGCUAAUGUAAUGGAGGCUGGAGGCUUGCCUGGGAAAGUGCAUAUUACAAAGACCACCUUAGAGUGCCUGAAUGGGGACUACGAGGUAGAACCAGGCUAUGGCCAUGAAAGGAACAGUUUUUUGAAGAAGCAUAAUAUUGAGACCUUUUUCAUUGUGCCAUCUCACCGGAGGAAGAUAUUUCCUGGUCUCAUUCUCUCUGACAUAAAGCCUGCCAAAAGAAUGAAGUUCAAGACUGUAUGUUAUCUGCUGGUUCAACUUAUGCAUUGUCGUAAAAUGUUCAAAGCUGAGAUCCCUUUCUCCAAUGUGAUGACUUGUGAAGACGACGACAAGAGGAGGGCAUUGAGGACAGCAUCAGAAAAACUCAGGAACCGUUCCUCUUUUUCUACAAAUGUUGUGUACAACACUCCUGGAACUCGAGUGAAUCGAUACAUUGGCCGUUUAAUAGAGGCCCGGCAAACUGAGUCGGAGAUGGCAGACCUACAUUUUUUCACCCUGAGGUACAAACAGAUUGAGCGCGAGCAAAAAUAUCACCAGCUUCAGGAUGAAUAUUUCACCAGUGCUGUCGUCUUGUCACUGAUUCUAGCUGCCUUAUUUGGCCUUGUCUACCUUUUAAUAAUCCCACAGAGUACCAUCGUGCUUGUCCUUCUGGUGUUCUGCAUAUGCUUCCUGGUGGCAUGUAUCAUGUACCUGCAUGUCACCCGAGUACAAUGUUUUCCAGGGUGCCUGACAAUACAAAUUCGAACGAUUUUAUGUGUUUUUAUUGUAAUAUUAAUUUAUUCAGUGGCACAAGGCUGUGUGGUUGGAUGUAUGCCUUGGGUUUGGAGUACUAAUUCCAGCAGCUCCAUAGUUAUCAUUUCUUUGGGUGGGACAAAUAAGACAAUGAGUGAACUUCCAUGCGAUGCAGCCCAUUAUGCAUUUCUCUCCUGCGUUGUGGGGACUCUGACCCUGGCAAUAUUUCUACGCGUAUCUUCCUUGCCAAAAAUGAUCCUCCUGCUUUUUGUUACAAUUUUGUACAUAGUCAUUUUGGAACUCAGCGGAUACAGAAAAGCGGUGGGGGGUGGCUCUUUUUAUAUUCGUGGCUAUGAACCCAUCUUGGCCAUCUUGCUGUUUUCCUGUGCUUUGGCACUUCAUUCCAGGCAGGUGGAUUUGAAGCUACGUCUCGACUACCUCUGGGCCAUGCAGGCAGAAGAAGAGAGAGAUGAUAUGGAAAGAGUGAAACUGGAUAACAAAAGAAUUCUCUUCAAUCUUUUGCCAGCACAUGUUGCACAGCAUUUUCUCAUGUCUAAUCCAAGGAACAUGGACCUGUAUUACCAGUCCUAUUCACAAGUGGGAGUGAUGUUUGCUUCCAUCCCAAAUUUCAACGAUUUUUACAUUGAACUGGAUGGCAAUAACAUGGGAGUUGAAUGUUUACGCCUCUUAAAUGAAAUUAUUGCAGAUUUUGAUGAGCUUAUGGACAAAGAAUAUUAUAAAGACAUUGAAAAAAUCAAGACGAUUGGCAGCACAUACAUGGCAGCCGUGGGACUUGUACCAACUACUGGCACCAAGGCAAAGAAAUCAAUUUAUUCCCAUCUCAGUACACUGGCUGAUUUUGCAAUAGAAAUGUUUGAUGUUCUUGAUGAAAUCAACUAUCAGUCUUACAAUGACUUCGUUCUUCGGGUUGGUAUUAACGUGGGCCCUGUAGUGGCUGGGGUCAUUGGUGCUAGAAGGCCGCAGUAUGAUAUCUGGGGUAACACUGUAAAUGUUGCCAGUAGAAUGGAUAGUACUGGAGUGCAAGGUAAAAUUCAGGUUACAGAAGAAGUCCAGAGGAUACUGAGGAGGUGCAGUUAUGACUUUGUAUGUCGGGGUAAAGUCAGUGUCAAAGGCAAAGGUGAAAUGCUGACCUAUUUCCUAGAAGGAAAGGCCAAUGGAAGCAAUUCGCUAACGCGGUCAUUAAACUUAGAGCGGAAAAUGUACCCUUAUGGGCGAGCAAACAUUCAGACUAAACUGGGCACCAGUUGCCCAUCUAUGUCCUCAUCUCCCAGCCUUUCAGCAAAUGCCGUUGCUGGGACACUUCAAGCCCCAUCCACCCACACCAAUCUGACGCUGCACUAUCUUCCCUCUGUGCCAGCCAUAAAAGAGGCAUGAGAACCAUGAAGAUUUUGGCUGGGCCAUUGCAGUGAUCGCAGAGAGCAGAGGUCACCUGGAUUUUCACAAGGAAGCUGAAGACUACAGGAUUUGGUGUCAACUAAGAUGUCUACAAUCCAACCAAAGAGAACCUGGGAACACCGUAUAUGAAUUUGUGGAUCAAAUAAGGGCUAGCAAUUCUGUUAAGAAAAGUCUACUGCUGAUUUUCUGAAGAAAAGGAAAAUUUUAUCAGCAAAUCUAAAGGGUAAAUGAAUUAACAGAAAAAGUCAUGGUGAGACUGGCUGUGUGUGUGUGUGUGUGUGUGUGUGAGAGAGAGAGAGAGAGAGAGAGAGAGAGAGAGAAAGAAAGAAAGAAAGAAAGAAAGAAAGAAAGAAAGAAAGAAA